GCGGAAGUUUCGAGUCGAAGUGGCGACUUUCAGCGCGGACGUUCAUAUUUCAAUCAACGACACCUCGGGAACAGGUGCGCGUCGACUCAGCGUAUUUGAAGCCCGCGUCGAAGGGAGGAAGGACCCACGCGCUCCGAGACCAGAAAACAGUCGCUACCCCCCCCCCCCCCCCCCCCCCCCCCCCCCUUUCUCCCGGAGCGACUUUCUUUCCGGAGGUUUGAACAUUUGAACAUGCUCGUCUUGCUUUGUGUGUUCGUCUGCGCGUCGGGCGGACGAGUGAUGACCGGCGAGCCCCGCCGAGUGCCCGCGGACAGCGCCGAGGUGCUGGCGGCGGCGCGGUUCGCCGUGCUCGAGUUCAACAGGGCCGUCGACGACGGAGAGCCGUUUGAAAUUGUCAACGUGACCUCGGCCAAGAUGCAGGUGGUCGCGGGAAUCAACUACAUCCUGGAAGUGCAGCUGGGACGUGCAACGUGCAGGAGCGGCGGCCACGCGGCUCACAGCGAACCACGUGACCCGACCCCCGCCAAGACGCUUCAGUGCAACUUCGUCGUGACAGAGAUCCCCUGGGAGGAUUCACGUGCACUGACUCAAACGAGGUGUCGCCCGCCACAACCUUAGACCAACAGUGUGCAGCUGAUGUGUUCCUGCUGCCCCCUCUUGCCAAUGUAACCAUGAUGGGAGAAGUAAUGUGCAAGAUCAGGGGACGAAAGCGGACCUGCGACAAACAUCCCAGGUUGGUCUCCA